AUUAGAUCAGUCAAACAGCAGACAUGCAGCUCAUCACUUUGAGUCAAAUUAUUAUUAUUAUUUUUGUUUUUAUCACAUCCACACAGGGGAACAACUUGUCGGAGGAGAAUGAGGAAUACCUGAGGUUCCCACCGAACUUUCUCUUGGGUGCUGCGACAGCAGCAUAUCAAAUCGAAGGAGCUUGGAACGUUAGCGACAAAGGAGAAAGUAUUUGGGAUCGAUUCUCUCAUGAUGGAAAUGGUCAUAUGCUUAAUAAUGAGACCGGUGAUGUCGCCUGUGAUUCGUAUCAUAAAUUUAGAGAAGAUGUAUCUUUAUUGAAACAAGUUGGGGCUGACGCCUAUCGUUUCUCGUUAAGCUGGCCACGAAUAUUGCCAAAUGGUUUCUCUAACAAGGUUAGUAAGGAUGGUAUUACAUAUUACCAUAACCUUAUUGAUGAGUUGCUGGCUAACGAUAUCGAACCUAUCGUAACACUCUAUCACUGGGAUCUUCCUCAAGUAUUAGAAGAUGCUGGAGGAUGGUUGAAUCCGCUCGUAAUUGAUUGGUUCGUAGACUAUGCUAGAGUUGCUUUCAAAGAAUACGCUCCAAAAGUAAAAAAAUUCAUAACGCUGAACGAACCAUCGGACAACUGUAUUCAUAUUUAUGCUAUGGGAAUUCACGCACCCGCUAAAUUGUCUUUACAUGGGAUUGGAGAAUAUAUUUGUGCGGAUAACAUGUUGAAGGCUCAUGCUAGUGUUUAUCGAAUGUAUCAGAAUGAAUUUAAAAACACCUACAAUGGUUCACUGGGUAUCAACGCUCAUUCAAGGAAUUUUUAUGCAAAACACGAAAAUGAUUCAGAAUCUGCAGAAAUAGCAUUUCAAUUCGCUGUUGGUUGGAUACUUCAUCCUAUAUAUUCUGAAAAAGGCGAUUAUCCUGAUAUAAUGAAGAAAAUGAUUGCUAUAAAGAGUCAACAACAGGGAUAUCCACGAUCUCGAUUACCCGAGCUUGACGCUCAUUGGAUAAAUUUUAUUCGGGGUACGUCCGAUUUUAUUGCAGUAAACCAUUAUACCUCUGUAAGAGUCGAAAAAGGAAAUGAAGAAUUAGAACCUUCGUUUUUUAACGAUCAAGGAUUAAUACAAGACCAAGAUCCUACUUGGGAAGGUACUAUUUCUUCAUGGCUAAAGAUUAUUCCAGAAGGAUUUGGUAUAAUUCUAAGAAAAAUAGCAGCGGAGUAUAACUAUCCACUCAUGUAUAUUGCAGAAAAUGGUGUCUCCGGUCCAAAUACACCUGACGAUGAUCAUAGAGUGACUUAUUUUAAAAAAUAUUUAAAAGAGAUGCUUAUUUGUAUACAUCGCGAUAAAGUUAAUAUUAAGGGUUAUCUUAUAUGGUCUUUCCUAGAUAGUCUCGAAUGGGAACGUGGAUAUGGUGAACCAUUUGGAAUCGUUUAUGUAAAUUUCACCGAUCCAGAAAGGAAAAGAACGUUGAAAAAGUCUGCUCAUUGGUGGCAAAAAGUAAUAAAAUACAGAAGUUUGAAAAUACCCUCCCAUGAAAAUGUAAAUUCCAUAGCUGAACUAUAAAUCUUAAUAAACGAGAGUAUAUUUUAAAAUAACCAUA